AUGGUUUAUGCCGCUCUCGUUUGUCGUUCUUCUUUGCCGGCCAAGACGAUCAAGAAGGCGGAUGGCACCUAUCGUCCUUUGUGUAAUUUGCUGUCUCCGUUUUUGAAUCAAACCGGUACUGACCAGAUUGCUGAAGUGAACAACAAGGCGCGUGCCAAAUCCUUUCGUCGUGACGCUGAACAGACCCUCAAGCGCAAGGCCGAAGAUGAGCGCUACAGCUUGUACCGUCGCAAUCGUCAAAGCCCUCGCUUUCGCGACGACUCUGAUGCUGCUGCGGAGAACGCUGACGAGUGGCGUGAGCACGCUCGGGCCCAGGUGACCAGCAACAUCAAGGCGGCUGUGGCUACCAUCAAGACGGGAGGACCCAUCCUCAAUUUGGACGUGGUUGCCCCUGUCGCCUGGCCGGUUCCCGUGGUGGUUCCAGCCGCCCCAGCCGCCGCCGCUGCUCCCGCCGCUGGCGCAGAGGAUGAGUCCUCGGACGAGGGAGAGGAGUAA